CGCCCCCCGUACACACCCCUCUGCCUGCCCCCUGCCUUGCCCACCGCCCAGUCCGCUGCAUCUCCAUUCCCAGCCCUGGCACAGUGCCUGGCACACAUCCAGUGCAGCGAGCCAUCCAGUGCGCACUGUUUGCAGAGCACGCCUUUGUCGGCUUUCUAGGGUGUUUGGGUUUGCCUUUUAUUCCUCUAAGUGAGCUGCCAACUGCAGCAUUUCCAGCUAGGAACACCUAGAAGAUUGUUCCAGUCACUGUGUAGAUCACAGAUGAGCUCAUUUAUGCCUGUGUUAAAGAUGGAUGGAGAUAGUUCGACCACAGAUGCAUCGCAGUUAGGAAUUUCAGACUACAUUGGUAGCAGCCACUAUGUGAUACAGCCUCAUGAUGAUGCAGAAGACAGCAUGAAUGAUCAUGAAGACACAAAUGGUUCCAAAGAGAGCUUUCGAGAACAAGACAUCUAUCUUCCCAUCGCCAACGUUGCAAGGAUAAUGAAGAACGCCAUACCUCAGACAGGGAAGAUUGCUAAGGAUGCUAAGGAGUGCGUCCAAGAGUGUGUGAGUGAGUUCAUCAGCUUUAUCACAUCGGAAGCCAGUGAAAGGUGUCACCAGGAAAAGCGGAAGACCAUCAAUGGAGAGGACAUUCUAUUUGCAAUGUCGACUUUGGGUUUUGACAGUUACGUGGAACCUUUGAAGCUUUACCUUCAGAAAUUCAGAGAGGCAAUGAAAGGAGAGAAGGGGAUCGGCGGAGCCGUCACGACCACAGACGGACUGAGUGAGGAGCUCACGGAAGAAGCUUUCACUAAUCAGUUACCAGCCGGCUUAAUAACCACAGAUGGCCAGCAACAAAAUGUUAUGGUGUAUACAACAUCAUAUCAACAGAUUUCUGGUGUUCAACAGAUUCAAUUCUCAUGAUUUCAAGAAAAGUUGGAACUGAAAAUAUAAAAAGAUGGGAGAGAAGUGGACAGUUCUAAAACAGAGACAUUACAUACAACACCUUGGGGAAGAGAAAUGUCUCUCUGUAUAUUAAAUAGCUGUAAUGUAGCUUCCCUGAUGCUUGACUAAUUGAGGUGUGAAUUCCAACUGGAGAAUCUUUUUUCAUGAAUGAUUUCAAUGAAAAAAAAUUUGGAUUUUAAAGGUAUUAAAAUAUUUUUGUUUUGUACAAGAGUUUGUUGCUCUGUAUGACUCCUGUAUGCAUUGUAUAUUGCGAUUUAUUACUGUCGGAGAUUUGUAGACAGUUUCUUAUUUUCAUAUUGAAUCAUGUUACUUUUGUAUAAUUCAAGUAAAACAGCUGGGUUAAUUCAUGAUGUUUGCCCUUUUAAUAAAAUAUGAGGGUAGAGUUCAUUUUGAAUGCAAGUUGCCUUUAUUAUAAAAUUGAGUUGGUCUUGGUUAUGUAAUGUCUUGCAUGAUAACCUUAGUGAGAUUUUUAGCUGUUGACAUAUUUAUUGAAAUUUAAUUUUUAAAGGGUUUUUUUUUCUCUCUUUUUUUUUCAGUAAACCAUUUACAACUUAAGUGACUACAGAUGUUUGGGGGGAGGGAGUUGGGGGCCUUUUGUGUAAUUUUGAAAACUAAAUGUUGAUCCCUAACCAAGCGUUGUCCAGCCUAUUAAAUUUAAAGAUCCCCUAUGCCCAUUAACAGGGUUUACCACAAUUAGCAACACUGUUUAUUGUGCCUGUUAAUAGAGUAUGUUAUUUUGAGUUAGUUACUGAAGGUCUUUGUUUGGCCAGAUUUAUCUUUGAGUUUCUUUAAUUUAUGAAUAUUAUUUUAUCUCAUUAAUAUGUUGAAUUUCAUUUGGUCAUAGUGCUAUUGAAGUGACAUCCUUUGCAUUUUGUGUAUGGUUUUUUCCAAAGCAAAAUCUUAAAAUACAACAAUGUCCUCUUCUAGAAGAGAAGUUUUAUAAUCUGGUGGCAAAUGAGCUCUUUUUUACUUUUUAAUUGAAAUGUUCAAGUUUCCUAUUAUACUAGGGGAACUUUAAGAACUGUUCACUGACACCCUAUGUACAGAUAUAUUUAGUGCAUGUGUGAGUGAGUGAAUGAAUAAAUGAAUGAAUGAAUGUACUGGUGGCAGGUGAGUGCUAAGUGGGAAAGAGAGGGCUCAGACUGGGUUUGUUGUCUCUGUCUUUGCAAUAAACUCUCAUUAGAUAACGGAA